UAGAGUUUCCGACUUUCUUUUUGGUGUAUUGCGUAUAAGGUACAUUUUAUCUGGCAACCAGGCUGAGCUCUUGGUGUAAAACUAUAUAUACUCCUUCGUCCUUCUUCUUAAUUCCUGUAUUCUGUUUCCAUCCGGCGUCUGACAGCAUGUCUCACCGGAAGUUUAGCGCACCUCGCCAUGGCUCCAUGGGAUUUUACCCCAAGAAGCGUUGUCGUUCUCAUCGUGGUCGCGUGAAGUCAUUCCCUCGUGAUGAUCACAAGAAACCUAUUCAUUUGACAGCUUUCCUGGCCUACAAAGCUGGUAUGACCCACAUUGUACGAGAAUGCGACAAGCCAGGCUCCAAGGUUAACAAGAAGGAGGUUGUCGAGGCUGUUACAAUCUUGGAAACACCUCCCAUGGUUAUUGUGGGCAUUGUUGGUUAUGUUGCCACUCCUAAAGGUCUCCGAGCUUUGAAGACUGUCUGGGCUGAGCACAUUGGUGAAGACUGUCGUCGUCGCUUCUACAAGAACUGGUAUAAAUCCAAGAAGAAGGCCUUUACCAAGGCUUCAAAGAAGUGGCAAGAUGAUUUGGGCAAGAAAGUCAUUGAAAAGGAAUUGCGGGCUAUGAAGCGUUACUGCAAAGUUAUCCGUGUUAUCGCUCAUACUCAGAUGAAACUUCUUCGUCAACGUCAAAAGAAAGCUCACAUGAUGGAGAUCCAAGUCAACGGAGGAACAGUGCGCCAGAAGGUGGAUUGGGCUCGUCAGCACUUGGAGAAGUCCGUCCCAAUUACGUCCAUUUUUGCACAGGACGAGAUGAUUGACGUUAUCGGUGUCACUAAGGGAAAAGGAUUCAAGGGUGUGACAUCACGUUGGCACACACGCAAGCUUCCCCGCAAGACCCACAAGGGUCUCCGCAAGGUCGCUUGUAUUGGAGCAUGGCAUCCGUCCCGUGUACAGUUUACCGUAGCUCGCGCAGGUCAGAAGGGUUACCAUCAUCGUACUGAGAUGAACAAAAAGAUCUACCGUAUUGGCAAAGGAAUUCACACCCGCAAGGGCAAGGUCAUCAAGAACAAUGCCUCGACUGAGUAUGAUCUGACAGACAAAUCGAUCACCCCAAUGGGCGGUUUCCCCCACUAUGGUGAAGUAAACAAUGACUUCGUCAUGAUCAAGGGAUGCUGCAUGGGACCCAAGAAACGUGUCAUCACUCUUCGUAAGGCUUUGGUUACCAGCGCUAAGCGUGUUGCUCUGGAGAAGAUCGAGUUGAAGUUCAUCGAUACCUCUUCCAAGUUCGGUCACGGUCGAUUCCAAACACCGGCCGACAAAGCCCAGUUCAUGGGUCCCACAAAGAAGUCGAAGACGCCGGCUGCUGCAGCAGCUGCAACUCCUGCGGCUCCCGCCAAAGCUUAGGCUUUGCAAGGCAUAUCUCUGUGUAUCGACUAUUUUGCAAUUGUUGAAUACAUUGGACGUUGCUUAAA